GUUCCCUUGCCUAUAUAUACAGAAAGAUUUGGUUCAUAAUCAGUAUCUAGAGAUUCUAGAAUAUUUGGACAAAAAAAUACAUUAUGAAGUUUAAGUCCCCCUUUUUGUUUCUGGUUGUAGUAAUGCUGGUUGUUCAGGCCGAUGCGUGGUUCAGUAGCACUAGCAAAACAACCAAUGGGACGACAAGACGUCGUCGAUUUUGGGGGCAGCUAACGUCAAAUCUUGGUUCCUUGGUGAGCAGUGGGAUCAGAUUCUUCGGGGAUGAAGCCAGAUUGAACGAGUUAUUUAAUCGGCAACGGAAGAAUUUACUUACAAAAGGUGAAAAGGGCGAACUGGAGGAACUUCUGAAAAGGAUAAAGGGUCUCAAACAAGAAGAUAUUUUUGAACUGGAACAGGCCCUUGACGAUCUUGGAACCAAAGUUGACUUUGAAAAGCUUCUUGGCGACCAACUUGACGAGACAAAGCUUUUCAAUUAACAACCUUACGAACACAACGAACAUUGAGCGAGGCUGCUAUGAAAUAGAGUCUUUAUUAUUGUAUUUUCAUGGAAAAUUUCCAACAUAAAUAAAUGGAACAAUGCAAAGAUCA